AUGGCUACCUCUACCAAACGAAAAACCGUCCAGUGCCAGGACGAUGGCGAUUGCGACCAUGGCAAAAGCAGAAGCCACAGCCACGACGCAAGACGCUGCCACCCUCACCACCACCACCACCACCAUUCCUUGACGCCGCCCGUCGCCAAACGAGCUCGAACCACAGACGCCGCUGCUCCCGGGCCAGCCAUCUUUUCCCAGCUGUCCGACGAGCUCCUCAUACGCAUAUUCUCCUUCCUGGAUGAGAGAAUGCUCCUUGGCAUCUCCGUCGUCUCCCGCCGAUUCAACCGCAUCACGUGUGACUCGCAGCUGUGGCGACCACACUACUACCGCCGAUUCAUCUUGCCCCGCGCGCAUGGAAUACCAGGCUUUGGCGCAGGCCCCGCUCGAAGCCUGAGCUUGGGCAAGCUGCGGCUCUCGUCCGCAAGGCGCCUCCUUUCGGCAGGUGCCGGGUGCGGCCGACGGCGCGGCGCCCCGGGAUCCCGCAGGAGCGCAGACGCCGACGCGCACGGCUUUGUCGACUGGAAGAAGCAGUACAAGCUGCGGCACAACUGGUCGCGCGGGAGAUGCGCCGUGGAAGAGGUCCGGGUCAACGACCUGGAACGAGACGCCGCCGGCGCAGAGUGGCAGACGCUCGUCAGGGUGGUGGAUGGCCUGGCGGUGACGGCGGACGACGUGUCCGGUCUGCGGGCGUGGCAUCUCAAGACGAGACAGCUCAUCUCCCAGGCGGACCUGACGACAGGCCGAAAGACGGCCCAGCCAAGCUGUCUCGCCGUAGAUGAUCUGCUGCUCAGCACGGGCACGCUCGACAUGGCGGUCGGGUUCCAAGACGGCACAUUUGGCAUCUGGCGACUCGACAUCAAGACGGCCACCAUCAGCCUCGUGUAUGAGCAUUCUGCCAGUCAUCUCGGGCAACUGGUCGCCAUCACCUACGCGAACCCCUACAUUCUGACAGCGUCCCGGCUGGGCUUCAUUUCACUGUUUUCCUUUGACCACGCCGAGACCGAUGCUCCAGCCGCCGCCGCCGCCGCCGCGCAGCAGGACUCGCGGGCAGCAGCAUCAGAAGACGAAAGGCUGCAUGCGCGAAUCCCGAGCCCGAGCAAAACACACCACGGAAAGGCUGUGGCGGCGGCUACUCUCCCCCCGCCCAGGAUGCUCACCUCGCUCAAGUCUCACAGCACGCGCCCGCCGUUGGCGCUGUCCAUACGGCGCGUGGCAGCUUCCGUCAUUGCGUCCAUCGUGUAUACCUUUGACGCAGUCGGGGGCUGGAGCAUAGGUAUCCAGGACCUGGACAUUAAGCCGUCCGGGGCGUCUGAGCCAGACGUCGUCACAUCGCGUGUGGCGUACACGCUGCCGCUGCAAACCCGCAGGUCGGCAGCACCGUCGCCCCCGUUGCGUUGUCCGCCACGCGCUUCCCUCGCACGGCCGGUGGCGGAACCAGACGGCGAUGAUGAUGACGAUGAUGAUGAUGAUGAUGAUGAUGAUGAUUAUGAUGAUGACGAUGACGAUGAUGAUGAUGAAGGAGAAGACGGUCCCACGAGACUAUGCUACAGCCAUCCCUACCUGCUCGCCACGUUGCCGGACAACACGCUCCUCCUCCACCUGUGCACCUCGACAGCCUCGUCGCUCUCCAUGUCGCCAGGCAUCCGGCUCUGGGGACACACGUCGGGCAUCUCGGACGCGGAAAUCACGCCCCGGGGUAAAGCGGUCAGCGUGAGCACGCGGGGCGACGAGAUCAGGGUGUGGGAGCUGGAGGGUCGCGUGGGCGGCAGCAGCGUGGAGCUGCGGCCAAGGCAGCCAAGGCAGCCGAGCCCCGACGCGGGGGCGCGCGAAAGGGCGAGCGGGCCGGAAGCGCCCUUCCGGGCUGGCGACCCGGACAAGAGGAAGAACCGGGUCGGGUUCGACGAGGAGACGGUGGUGGUUCUCAAGGAAGCCUGCGACGGGAGGGAAAGUCUAUUGGUUUACGACUUUACGUGA